AUGAGUUUCCUCGUUCGAACGGAGGAAGCUGUAAAGGCGCUUGUUUCCUUUAUUGCUUCAGAUGCCGCCGUCCAGACGUCAAGCCACGACGUCGCUGAUCUUUUUGCGCCGGUGCGAGAAAGCAACAACGUACCUAUCGACGUUCAAAUCGCCUUUCUCGCUGCGCCACCGGCGCAUCGCGUUCCACUGUACUUCGUGGUGCCGCACGAAACUGUCAGCGGAACUCUGUGCUUAAUUACACCCCCACCGCAGCGGAAGUACAAGGACUUAGUUUACGGUCUCAGCGAGGAUGGUGAUGCCGUUGCUAAGCGUGUGAGACGCGUUGUUGAUAGUAAGAAGCUUGCUGCUAAGGUGGGAGACCCUGUGGCGGUGCGUGCCUUCGCUAAGAGCUACGACCAUUUCAUUGUGUACGGGCUCACCAAAUACCCGCGGCAGCUUACUGGAGAGUUUCUCGAACAUCAAAAGGUUCCUGCAUGGGUAAACCGAAAAGGCAAAUUUGCGGAAAAGUUGCGAAAGGCUGUACACACUGUCGUGGUGACGCGCCGUGGCGACAACCAGGUAACGUGCCGCGUGGGACACACCGGACUCUCAGCCCAGGCGAUUGUCGAGAACAUUGUAACCUUCUUGGACAGGUUUAUUAAGCACGCCGAUGCAGCGCCUCUGAAGAAUAUUCUCCACAUCCGCGUUGCGGCCACAAGUACAAACGGUAAGCGAGUAGGCUUGCCUAUCUUCGGACAUGUUUUUCAGUUUCAGCCGGUGGCAGAGUCGGAGGAGGCGCCGCGGAAGCGUAGCAGAGUGGAAGCCUGA